AUGUCAGGAGUAGCAUGGCCCACUGCACUGCUGGCAGCGCGUGCUGGAGAUGCAGAUGGUGACGAUGCGUGCUGUCACGUCUCAGCGAAAGUAUUGAAACGAGGGUGGAGGCCAACACGAUCAGCUGCGGCGCUUCGAUCAGUGCGCGGCAGGACGGCUCGCAGUGGCAGCAGGCUCUGGCAUUGCUCAGCAAGAUGCGGGAUGCGAGGUGUGAGUCCAGGGACAUCAGCUACCGCGCUGGGGUCGGUGCGUGAUGUAUGGGUGCAAUGGCAGCGGGCUCAGUUUUUGCUUAGCGAGAAGUGGGAGGCGAAGCUGAAGCGCGACGCCACUAGUUACAGUAAUCGGACUGGCGCGUGCGAAUUAGACGAGCAGUGGCAACAGACUUUGUCGCUGCUCAGCGAUAUUCGGGAGGCCAAGUUGGAUGCCGACGUCAUCAGCUACGGGGUUGGGAUCAGCGCGUGCGAGGCAGGUGCACAGUGGCAGCUGGCCUUGUCGCUGCUCAGCGAGAUGUGGGAGGCGAAGUUGGAGCCCGACAUCAUCGUAGCCUUUGCCGACUACCGUUGGCAGCUGUAG